AUGGCAGAACCUACUGACAAGGAAAUCGUUUCACACGAUGAAUCGGCGUCUUCCCGGUACAAUGCCUCUGGCACGGACCGUGACAUCGAUCCCGAGAAGCUCAACGACCCCAAAAUGCAGAAAUUGGCUGGUGAAAUCACAUAUGAAGAUGAGACAGAUCCGGUAAACAGACAGCACAACCCGCUUGCUCAAAAGCUGCGGUCGCGUCACAUGCAGAUGAUUGCCAUCGGCGGUUCGAUCGGCGCGGGUCUAUUCGUCGGGUCUGGCAGUGCGUUGCACAAGGGUGGCCCUGGGAGUGUGCUGCUGGGCUUCAUUAUCAUCGGCUUCAUGUUACUCUGCACGAUGCAGGCGCUGGGUGAACUGGCCAUUCUGUAUCCCGUGAACGGCGCCUUUUACACCUACAUCGUUCGAUUCGUCGACCCGUCCCUCGGUUUUGCUGUUGGUUGGGACUACGCUAUCGGCUGGUUGACCGUCUUGCCCUUUGAACUCACGGCGGCGUCAAUCACGAUCGAAUAUUGGAGAGAUGAUAUCCACGUCAGCGUCUGGAUCACUGUCUUCUUAGUGUUCCUGUGUCUGGUCCAGGUCUUCGGCGUGCUCGGCUACGGCGAGGUUGAAUUUGUACUGGCGAUGAUCAAAAUCACAGCCUGCAUAGGAUUCAUCAUCUUCGGAAUUGUGGUUGACUGUGGCGGCGUGUCCUCCGAUAACCGGGGUUAUAUUGGUGCUCGCUAUUGGCACAAUCCUGGCGCUUUUCAGAAUGGCUUCAAAGGCUUCUGCACUGUCUUUGUCACCGCGGCGUUUGCCUUUGGGGGAACCGAGCUCGUCGGAUUGGCAGCCGCUGAAGCUGCAGACCCCCAUCGCUCCCUGCCCAAAGCGACUCGACAAGUGUUUUGGCGGAUUGCGACAUUUUACGUUCUUUCCCUCUUCAUCGUCGGUCUCAUCGUGCCAUCUGAUAGCAAAGACCUGCUGGGCGCCAGCGGCGCCAAUACGAAAGCCUCUCCCUUUGUCCUGGCCAUCAAGUAUGCCGGUGUCAAGGGGUUGCCAUCGGUGAUGAAUGCGGUCAUUACCAUCUCUGUCAUUAGUGUCGCCAACAGCUGCACAUAUGGCUCGUCACGCACCAUGCAGGCCCUUGCAGCGAGAGGCAUGGGCCCGAAAUUCCUGAUGUAUGUCGACAGGCAGGGACGACCACUCUGGUGUAUCGUGAUUCAACUAUUGUUCGGGUGCCUUGCGUACAUCGGUGAGGCCAAUGCUUCCGACACCAUCUUCACCUGGUUGCUCUCGCUGUCGGGCUUGAGCUUUUUCUUCCUGUGGCUGAGCAUCAAUCUGGCACAUAUUCGGUUCCGAUACGGAUGGUAUGCCCACGGAUUUACUAAGCAUCAACUGCCUUAUCAGGCUGCUUUUGGCAUCUGGGGAUCUUACAUUGGAUUGUUCCUGAACAUCAUCGCCAUCAUUGCGACAUUCUACACUUCGUUGUUCCCGUUGGGAUCCAGCCCGGACGCCGAGGUGUUUUUUGAGAAUUUUCUUGCCGCGCCGAUCGUCAUUGCUUUGUACAUUGGAUGGAAACUCUACUCCCGUGACUGGAAGCUUUUUAUUCGUGCGAGCGAGAUGGACGUUACGAUGGGUAUUCGGAGAGGAAGUCUCGAGAUUGCGGCGGAAAAAGGACGAACGGGGUGGUCGAAGGCACUCAGAGCGUUUAUCUGA